AUGGCCAUCUCCAUCCUGCUCGCAAUCCUCAAAAGCUCUUUUCGGCCCCCGGCCGGAACUUCGUGGACCGCCGGAGAUGACGUGGGUGGAUACUACCGCAGCUGGGGCUUCACCAUCUACCGCACCGCUUACGGCCCGGCUACCGACGAGCAGUGGCGCACCCUUCAGGACAAGAUCCGGGCCCAGGCCGUUUCCGAGAUAGACGGUUACGUUGAGGCCGGCGAGGAGGACGUCGCCGCCCAGCUCAAGACCCUCUUCGUCCUCGACGCCCGCUCCGACGCCGCCCUGCUCGCGGACAAGACCAUGGACGAGGUGCGCGAGAUUUACAAGCAGGCAGCGGUGGCCAGUCGCAGCUCCGGCAACGACUAUGACAAUGACAACAGCCAGUCGCUGCCCCUCAUGCACGACGGCCCCAACCAGCGCGUGUUCCUCCUUGCUGACGCCGAGGUGCUGGAGGCCGUCGACGCUGAUUUCACUGAGAGAGAUUUGGCCAAGACGAACGGCGCCCCAGGGGCUCAGGGGACGGGUAGGGCAACAGCCGGGGUGUGGUCUGGUUGGAUGAAGAUGACGACCCGCAGCAUGGUCGAUUUGUCUGCAGAAAUGCUGGUGCGCGAUCUGGCUAGCAUCGCGCCUGGUGCGAGGGCCGCGGACGAGAGGCCUGUGUACAACGGCGAGCUGACCGGGUCGUCGCUGACGAGCAAGAAGUCGAGCGGCAAAUGA